GGUCAGGAAGUGCCCACAACAUCCGGGUGCUGGAGACCAACUACAACGAGUACGCACUGCUGGGGGACACCAUCACCAAGGGGGCCGACACCUUCACCAUGGUCACCCUCUACGGGAGGCAGAAACAGCUGCGCCCGGAACUGCUGGCGAAGUUCACCCAGACGGCCUUGAGCCAGGGACUUGCCCAGGAAGACGUCCUCGUCCUGCCCCGGACUGAUCUCUGCAUGGGAGAAACCGUGUAGGCGAGUGGCAUUUGUUCCAGCUUUUGCUCGCCCAGAAAGUAUCCAAGAAUGCAAACUUCCUCGCCCGGCUUCUGGCUCCUGCCCCCAAGGGAGGGAGGGGGGCCGAAGACCCCUUUCUCCCCACAGUGCUGGAAUUCUCCCCAUGGCCUCCUUUCCCCUCCUGCCUCUCGCCUGAUAGCAGCCUUUCUCCUGCCCUGGAAAUAUUAAUAACAGCAAUAAUAAAGGAAUAUGUAACACA